AUGUUUCUUUCCUUAUUUAUUUUAAAAGAUUUUGACAGAAGUGAUGAAAAUCCACUUCCUAAAAACAACCUACCAAUGGCUGGCCCGGUUUCUGAUAGCCGUCAAGGCAGUACGAAGUCGGCGCUCGCUGGAACAUUUUUCCUUAAAAUCGAAUAUUUUGCUGACUUUUCACAAGUACCUCUACAGCCCCUCCAACCCCGGAAUAUUUUUUUACAUCAAUCUUACCAAUCACUAAUGCGAGUUUUUUUUCCAGUGUUUUAUUUCCAGAAGAAAUGGUUUUUUUGUGUAGAACAAGCUUUGUCUAUCGCCUACGGUGGAGUGUGA